AUGAAGCUGACGGUGAAGACCGUGAAGGGGGAGGACUUUAAGGUGGACGCGGAGGAGAGUGCAUCGGUGGUGGAGGUGAAGGCCAGGAUAGAGGAGACAAUGGGCGCGGCGUACCCCAAGGACAGCCUGCUGCUGAUUUACAAGGGCAAGCCCAUGCCCUUUCCUGCCAUCCGCCCUUGUGCCAAGUAUCUGAUGGCGGAAAUCGUGAAAACCGCAGCAAGCGGAGCCGGCGCCUGGCGAUCAGAGGGAAACACCGUGAGUCGCAGCCCCCGCCCCGUCUCCCUGCCCCUUCUCUUCAAUCCAUGCCCCCUCGCCGCUGAUCCCGUGCUCAUUUUUCGCCCUGUGGAUCGUGAUCCCGUGCGCAGGCGGGAGGCGCCCCAGCCCGCCGCUGCCGAGGAGGUCACCCCCGCGGCGGCCGCGCAAAUGCUGGCGGGCGCGGCUGCCGGCGAGACGGAGACGGCCUACGGCGCCGCGGCGUCGACGCUGGCCACGGGCUCUGCGCUCGAAGAAUCCGUUCGACAGGUGCUGGACAGGCGCCCUGACCUCCCCACGGCCCCUGCUGCCGUGUGCGCUGCCUUUGGCCGUUCGAUAUGCGACAUGGGCUUUGCUAAGGAACAGGUGGUGCGGGCGAUGCGCGCGGCUUUCAACAAUCCAGACAGGGCAGUGGAGUAUCUCAUGAGUGGCAUUCCUGAGGGCGCAGAGCCAGCUGCUCCCCCAAGGCCGGCCGCCAACCAACAAGCGGCACAGCUUCCACCCCAGGCUGCUCAGCCCCAGGGCGAUGUGGAGCCAACUGGCCCAAACGCUCAGCCACUUGACAUGUUUGGUGGAAGUCAGGGGGGAGGUGGGGCGGCUGGUGGCGGGCCGCUGGACUACCUUCGGGGCAAUGCCCAAUUUCAGACACUGAGGCAGAUGGUGGCCCAGAAUCCACAAAUCUUGCAGCCCAUGCUGCAAGAGCUGGGAAAGAAUAACCCAGACAUGCUGCAGCAGAUUACGGACAACCAAGAGGAGUUCUUGAGGCUGCUCACGGAGGACCCUCCCUCUCAGGUGGCAGAGGCAGCAGAGGGCUUGAUUCAACUUGGCCAAGGAGGCGUCGCCCAGAUGGCUGCACCCCCCCUUGAAAUCUCUGCAGAGGAUGAGGCGGCUAUCACCAGGUUGCAAGGGCUGGGGUUUGAGCGGGCACUCUGUAUAGAGGCGUUCUUCAUCUGCGACAAGAACGAAGACCUGGCUGCCAAUUACCUGUUGGAGCACGCUGACGACUUGUGA